CGAUAUAUUUUUUUAAGCAAAUGGAGAAUCUAGGGUCUAGGGAGAGGUUAUGUCACUUGGUAGGAGUAUUGCGCUCAAGAAGAAAAGGAUCAUUGAUGCUCUAUGGAUUUGGUGUCAUCUUUGGAGCUUCAAUACUCCUUUUUGCAGCCAUUGUCUUCUUGUUCCCAGUUAAUUCCCCAUCGAUUAUAACUCCCAUGCUAAAAUUUAAUCUGAAGAGAUUUUACACCAAAUUUCCUUUUUCACGUCUGCCAGGUUAUAUCAACACUUAUGGUGGUGGUUGCAAUAUUUUUGAAGGUGAAUGGGUAAGGGUUAAUGAUCGAAAACCGUAUUAUCUUCCAGGUUCAUGUCCCUUUAUCGAAGUACCGAGUAAUUUUGAUUGCUACAGAAACGGUAAACCUGAUGAUGCGUAUCUAAAAUGGCAAUGGAAAUGGCAGUCUCACCCAACAAAUGCAGGGUGUAAUAACAAUGUUCCAAGCGCUCUCAAUGCAAGUGAUUUUCUUGAGAGAUUGAGAGGAAAAAAAGUAGCAUUUGCAGGGGAUUCUCUGAACAGAAAUAUGUUUGAAUCUUUAGCAUGUAUCCUUUGGAAUGCCGUUCCAGAUAAGAGCAGAGUUUUCUGGCUUGGAAAUGUAGAAAACAACAUUAGAGAACAAAUGUCAGUGAGAUAUGAGGACUACAACUGUACCAUAGGGUUCGUGUGGUCUCCUUUUCUAGUUUAUGAAACACAAGCCAAGAGUCGAAGAAUGCAGGAAAGUAUAUUAAAACAGGUUCCGGAGACGAUGAGACUAGAUAUGAUUGACCCACGCGCAUCUGUAUUCUAUCGUGACGCUGACAUUGUUAUAUUCGAUUCAUGGCAUUGGUGGGUUAGAAAUAAAGUUCAUAACAGGACAAACUAUUUUCAAGAAGGCGAUCAUUUGUACCCAAAAAUGGAAAUUAGAAGCGCGUAUAAGAAAGCUCUCACUACUUGGAGGCGAUGGGUUGACAAGAACAUUAACUCAAACAAAACUCAAGUAGUUUUCAGAGGCCAUUCAGUUAGUCAUUUUCGUAGAGAUGGAAAAUGCAACAGAGAGGGGGUACCGAUCACGAGCAAUGAAACAUACAGAGAGAAGAAUCCUCCACGGGUGAAAAUACUAGAAGAAACAUUACGACGAAUGAAAACUCCUGUUAUAUAUCUGAAUGUUACUAAGCAAACUUAUUACCGAGCAGACGCACAUCCUGCACUGUAUACAAGGUUUUAUAAUGGAAGUAUUGCUAACGAGGCGAUGAAACAGGAUUGCGGACAUUGGUGCUUACCUGGUGUACCGGAUACAUGGAAUGAAUUGUUGUAUAUUUCUCUCUUGAAGGCCGGCAAAGCAUCCUUCGCCGGGUGAAUAUGUAAAAUAACACUAGGCCGCAAUGUCACAUUUUAGUGAAGGGCCUCAAGUCGUCCUGACUUGUACUACUUGA